AUGACGGGUAACAAGGAGGUUUUCUACAGAGCACAGAUUCGCUCUCCACCAGGAUCCCCGAUCCCAUCCACAUCUAGAGCUGCAGAGGGUCCAUAUGAGGAAGUAGAGGAGGAGCCUGCACCUGAGACAGAGUCACCAGAACAGAACUCCUCUUCAUCUCCAGAUGAAGCUGUCAUGCCACCUCCACCAACGAUGGCAGACGACAUCAAACAAUUUCAGGAGCUAUUCAAAAGGGAGGCAAUCAGCCAAGACAUUCCUUUAGAGGAAGUGCAGGAGACCCAGCACAAACUCCUGAAGAUCCUCCAACCUUCAGCGGCAUCAAAGAUUGUACUCCCUAUGAACGACGCCAUACUGGAACCCGCCGACGCUAUAUGGCAGACACCAGACACCGCCCCACCAACCUGUAAGAGAGCAGACCAUAAAUAUUAUGUCCCAGCUAAGGGAAUGGACUUCUUAUUCUCUCACCCACAGCCUAACUCCCUCGUGGUUAAAGCAGCGAAUCACAGGGCAAAACAACACCUUCACCAGUCCUCAUCACAGGAAAAAGACCUCAAACGACUUGAUCUCCUUGGUCAUAAGUCUACACAUCAUCCACCUUGCAAUUUAGAAUCCCCAAUUAUACUGCUCUUUUUGAAAUUGAAGAAUGAGUUGUUGGAAGUGAGACGAAAAGGUGGAAACCGCCAUUGCCGACAGGACCGCGGCAGGGUCUGUGUUCGCUGUCAGAAAAACCUGGGCUUAAUCUUUGACAGGGGGGACCAGUGCCAAGAAUGCAAACUCACAGUUUGCAACAAGUGUCGUGUUUUGGGAAUUGAUGGGAACUGGAAGUGCACGGUGUGUGCCAAGAUUGCACAGCUAAGGAUAGUGACAGGUGAAUGGUUUUUUGAAGAGAGGGCAAAGCGCUUCAAACAAUCCAACCUCCUUGGAACUGAUGUUGUCAGACAGUCCAUCCUACGCAAAGUCCCAGAUACUGUUUCCGGUAAGAAAGAAGGAGGACAAGCCAAAGAUCACGCCCAGGAGAAUGCAGAGCAAAGGCCAGAUACCCCAGCUUCCUCCACAAGUGGGCAGAAAUCAAUAUUCAGUGGACCCAGAAAGAUAGGGAAGGCCAUCAGGGCAGUGACCAAAGGAGAAAUCGCCAGUGUGAAAGCUGAAGAUGGAAGAAGCAGCAGUUCAGAGGCUGAUGCCCAGAGUUUACGCAGUGUCAGGUCUACUCCCUGUUCUGACAGGGGGAGCACUCUUUCGCUGAACAACAAUGACGCGGAGACCCUUCCCGGUAACAUGAAAGGCACAGUGAGCUCUGGGUACCGAAGCAAUGCGUCCACUCCAGUCCAUCCGAGGUCACCAGCACUGAGCACACGCAGCAUGACUUCAGAUUACGGCAGGGACCCUGGUUUAAAAAAUGGCGCUUCUGUUCCUGCAAGUGAAAGUGUACCUGAAGAUUUAGUGAAGAGACACCAUAGGAAUGCAUCUGGAACACCUUCAAUAGCAGUUUCUAGGGCAUCUCUAGCAUCAGAUCUCAGCAGAUCUGAGAUAGAUUUGAGUGGGUCUUUCUCAGAAGAAAACAAGGAUGCUGUAAGCUUAAGAAGUAAAUCUGUACCAGACGCAUUAGACCAGGACCUGGAUUACCUGGACGAGAUAGAGGAAGACCCUGAUGACAUAGUGGCCUCUCAUUAUCUAAAACAUCGUGGACCUUUGGCAAUUGGAUUAUCAACAAAUUUUCCUGAAGGCUCUGACAGGAAAUGCUCCUACUUAAAUGUACCUGACGCAGAUGGUGAUACUACUAGCAUUAACAGCAUGAUGAGUGUUUACAGUGAAACUGGGGACUAUGGCAACGUGAAGGUCAGUGGGGAAAUACUUCUCCAACUCAGCUACAGCUACAAAACGGGUGCCCUCAACAUCCUGGUAAAAAACUGCAGAAACCUGGCCAUAGCAGAUGAAAAGAAGCAAAGAACAGAUCCCUAUGUCAAAGCAUACCUCCUGCCAGACAAAUCUCGCCAAAGUAAACGCAAGACCAAAAUCAAAAGCAACACCACCAAUCCAGAGUUUAAUGAAACACUAAAGUAUGUCAUCAGCCAUACACAGCUAGAGACCAGGACCCUCCAGCUUUCUGUCUGGCACUAUGACAGAUUUGGGCACAACAGCUUUCUUGGGGAGGUGGAAAUUCCUUUGGACUCCUGGAAUUUUGAAAAUCAGACAGAUGAAUGGUUUGUGCUUCAACCCAAGCUGGAGGUUGCAGCGGAUGUCGGGCUUCAGUAUAAAGGAGAGCUGAUAGUUGUUUUACACUACAUUCCCCCUGAGAAAAACCUAAUGCUUCCCCUCGGACAGUUUCAAGGAAAGAAGAGUUUAAAAAAAGGAAAGAAAGGAAACACACAGCUGCCUUCUGGGGGUAUGUUGGAAGUCCUCAUCAAGGAAGCCAAGAAUUUAACAGCUGUGAAGUCAGGAGGCACUUCUGACACAUUUGUUAAAGGAUAUCUGCUCCCAGAUAACAACAAAGCAACAAAACAUAAAACUCCUGUAAUAAAGAAGAGUGUUAACCCCCACUGGAAUCACAGCUUCACUUUCAGUGGCUUGAAUCCUACGGAUCUACACAACUUAUGUCUAGAACUGACAGUCUGGGACAAGGAGUCACUCUCCAGUAACAUCUUUUUGGGAGGUGUCCGUUUGAGCACUGGAAGUGGUGUAAGUAACGGGAAGGAAGUUGAUUGGAUGGAUUCUCACGGGGAAGAGCAGCACCUCUGGCAAACGAUGAUGGACAAUCCCGGAGUUUCUGUGGAAGGUAUAUUAAUGCUGAGAUCUAGCAUGGGAAAACGCAGACUCUGAGAACAAAUGGCUUGCACAAGGAUAAACUCCAGCUGUUUUGCUGACGUGACUCUUAACUGUUGUGGGGUACCACAAGGAUGCCUGGCGUUAGUGGAAUUCAGUCUGUUGUAAUUUUGCAUAUGCGAAAGUGGGGAAGAGAGACUCCUCUUUGCCUUGGAUUUUAAGGCUCCAGAGUUGGAUUAUAAUGCAUUCUGCACUUUCGUGCAUCCAUAUUCUUAAGACAAUGCUCCUUACUCUAGUGAAACUCCUACUGAAGUCAGUAAGAAAGAUACUGAAUAUAGAAUAUAAAUCGAGCUUUCUUUGUCUCAGAGGCAGAAAUAUGGUCUACUAGUGUCAACAUCCAUGAAGAAUAUGGAGCAAGCAAAUGCUUUAGUCAUUUGAUGACUAAUUAUUUAUGGUAUAAGCCAAUUUGAAGCAACUCAAAAGUUUGGUAUUUGAAAUGAGAUUAGAAACCACCAGAUUCCAAGCAGUCUGAAAGAAUAAUUAGCAACAUCCCUUCCCCCUGUUUACGUGUUCAGUUAUUUGAACUCUGCAUGACAGCAAGCCUUGCAACAAGCAUCACUGCAAGAAAAGCUGAUACACUGCACACAGCAGCCAUUAUUUGGGUAUUUAGAAAUAGGCAGCAGAUGUGUGGAUAUAAAAUAACAGGAAUGCUCUACUCUGCAGUGAUGCGUGUGUUGUGUAUUUCAGUGCACCAUUCAGAAUGCAAGCUACGGUUCCCCCAGAUCAAAGAGCCUCUUAU